UGCCGCUUGACUGAACAAACGGCUCAGCGGACGCAGAGGGCUAUGCAGCCGCAGGCCGAGCCCGCCCAGCGGCGGGCGUCGCCGUCCACCUGCUCCUCCACCGCGACGAGGCGGAGCAUUGGGUGUAUGGCCGGCCUCCUCCGCCUCAUCUCGCCGUACCACCGCAGCCACCACCGGAAGCGCCUCACCGCCAAGAACAAUGCAGCGCAGGCCUCGGCGCCAACGCAGCCGCCCUCGCCGACCAAGAAGAAGGUGACCCCGCCGUCGCCAGAGUCUUCUCCGGUGAAGCCGGCGCAGCAGCCGAGGCAACAGCCUCCGGCCGCCGUCCGGCGGCGGCGGUCCUGCGACGCGCUGCGGAGCCCGACGAUCGCGCCGGAGCACCGGCGCUCCAGCUGCGACAGCCCCCGGCCGCCGCCGCCGGCCAUCGUGGCGCGCCUCAUGGGCCUGGAGGAGUCCGCGCCGCCAUCGCCCGCCGCCGCCGCCGCGGCGGCACUGCGGCCCGUCGUCCCUGCCCGCCCGCCUCCUCCGCCCCCGCCGCCGGAGACGGCCGCGGAGAAGCGGCGGAAGCUGCUGGGCGCGCUGGAGAAGUGCGACGAGGACCUCAAGACGCUGCGGCGGAUCAUCGCGGCCGUCCGCGCCGCCGAGAUGCGCGCGGCCGCCGCGUCCGACGUCGCCCCGGCGGCGGGGACGCCGCCUCCAGGCAAGGGCCCCGCCAAGUGGAUGUUCAGCCGUGACGAGCAGUCGCCGUCCCCGUCCCCGUCGCCGCCGACGCCGCAGCAGCCCAAGCUGCCGGGCGUGGAGCAGCAGCACCCCAGCCCGGACUCGGUACUGGACGCCAUCAGCUCCCCGAGAUUCCCAUGCAGGAAGCGACCGUCUCCGUGCACGAAUCUCGAUGCGGGUGGCAAGGCCGGUGGCGGUAACGGCGCCGUGGCCCCCGCCGUCGGAUCGAAGAUCGUGAAACCCUCCCGCACCCUUGUCUUCACCGGCGACUACUGCAAGACCAAAUCAGGCGAUGGGUUGUUGCAGCUGCGCGCCGUCCAUUCCCCGGUGCCGCUUGUGGCGGGCAUGCCGAGGUCGGCCGGCGCGGAGAGCUGGCGGCACCACCGGCGGCGGUGGGAGCUGGAGGCCGCGGCGGCGGGGCGGGUGAUCAGCCGCGCGAUGGCGGACAGCGCACGGGAGGCGAUGUGGGGGCCGCAGGGCGGCGACGAGGGGCGGCGGGAGCGCGCCAUGGUCGCGGCCGCGCUAGAGCGCGCCAUCGUGCAGGACCUGGUGGCCGACCUCCUGAGCGAGCUGCUCGCGCAGCCCGGCCGCGGGCACGGCGCCGCCGGGUGCAGGAAGAGGCUGUGCUUCUAAUGUUCGGUUGCCGGCCGGGACUCUCGCGUUGGGGGUUUGUCGCGUGCGUCGCCAUGUGCUUCUUGAAUUUGUUGGCAGGUCAAGGUCCUGGGGUGUGACGUUACGUUGUGGGGUGUGAGUUGCUCGUAGCGCGAGAGGAAUUAACUGCCGCUCCCGCGCCAUGGAUGGCAACCGCGGAACCGCCUCAGCUCGCCUGGCUAGCUAGCUAGCUGAGCUACCCCCACCUGAGAUCGGUGAAUGCCGAUCGUGGUAGUAUUAAAAAGAGCGGAUUCGCCGCGGCGUCAGUUGUUGGUGGAGUGAUGAAUGGAAUUAAAGCGAGUGAUGGCAAGCAGCUGCCCAAGUACACACACCUGCAGGCAGUAGGUUCACUGGGAUCAGUAAUAAGUUGAGCUCUGAUCUGAUCAUCAGUUCAUCACAUCUGAAGACCGGCAAUGCCGAGUAAUUGACGCCGACA